AUGACACAAAAUCAGGCUGCCUGGAUUAUGCGUUCUACUGCGCAUCCGUUUAGUAUCCAGGAUGCCCCAUAUCCCACGCCAGGACCCGGGGAAGUCGUGAUUAAAAAUGCUGCGGUGGCUACAAAUCCCUCUGACUGGAAAAUUCAGACGUAUGGUGCUCCCUGGCUGGGAAAGGGGCCAUUCAUUCUGGGCACAGAUGUCGCUGGAGUGGUGGUCGAUGUAGGCCCUAGUGUGACCCGCUUCACCAAAGGCCAGCGGGUCGUCGCGUAUUGCCACAAUCUAGGGUCAAAUGAUGCUGCCAACUCGGGAUUCCAGUUGUACACAUUGGUGAAGGAAGUCACUGCAGCAGGAAUCCCAGAUUCUAUUAGCUUUGAAGAAGCCGCUGUGCUACCGCAGGCUCUCUCGACUGCCGCGGCAGGCCUGUUUCUCGAAGAAAGCCUCAAUCUUCCCUUGCCCUCUGCUACUGGUGUGAAGCCCACAGGAAAAUCGAUUCUCAUUUGGGGUGGCGCAUCUUCGGUUGGCGCAACAACAGUUCAACUCGCAGACGCAGCAGGUCUAACAGUGAUCACGACUGCAUCAGCUCAUAACCAUGAGUUGGUAAAGUCGCUAGGCGCAAAUGCUGUUUUCGACUAUAAGUCUCAUACUGUCGUCGAGGAUGUUGCCAGUGCGCUCGCCAAUACUGACUUUGUUGGCGUCGUCGACGCUAUUUCCGAAACUGCAAGUUUUGAGAUGGUGCGUGCAAUUCUGGACCAGUUGAAAGCAGAUGUCAGGACUAUAAGCGUUCUGCCAUAUGAUAAACCCACGGAACGGUUUGCUCCGAUAUUUAUCAGUUCCAAUUUCCUAACCUAUGACUCCAACAAACAUGUCGCCGACGGUAUUUGGAAAGACUUUGUCUCAGAAGCUCUGGAAAACGGACGCCUUAAACCAAAGCCAGACCCUGAGGUUGUUGGGAAAGGACUAGAAGCAAUCCAGCAUGCUGUUGACACCCUAAAGAAAGGCGUCUCAGCUGAAAAGAUCGUUGUCACUCUGUGA